UACCUACUGGGUUGGGUUGUGAUCAACGCAAGCAGCAGCGACCGGUGGUCUGAGACCAGAGUGACAGGGCGUUAUUUACAUGAUUAAAAUAUCAAAUAGGCAAGAUUGUAUCAAAGGAUUAAUAGAAACAUAUCUUAAACAAUCAGUUCGUCAUGGAGUCCUAUGACAUUAUAGCUAACCAGCCGGUUGUGAUCGAUAAUGGUUCAGGUGUUGUCAAAGCUGGCUUUGCUGGAGACCAGAUCCCCAAAUACUGCUUCCCCAACUACGUGGGCCGUCCCAAGCACGUGCGCGUGAUGGCAGGAGCCCUGGAGGGGGACCUCUUCAUUGGACCCAAAGCAGAGGAGCACAGAGGGUUGCUGUCAGUAAGGUAUCCUAUGGAGCAUGGUAUAGUGAAGGACUGGAACGAUAUGGAGAGGAUCUGGCAGUACGUCUACUCUAAGGAACAGCUGCAGACCUUCUCAGAGGAGCACCCUGUCCUGUUGACUGAAGCUCCCCUGAACCCCAGUAAGAACAGGGAGAAGGCGGCUGAGGUGUUCUUUGAGACCUUCAACGUUCCCGCCCUCUUUAUCUCCAUGCAGGCAGUCCUCAGUCUCUAUGCGACAGGGCGUACCACGGGUGUGGUGUUGGAUGCAGGCGACGGGGUGACCCAUGCGGUGCCCAUCUACGAGGGCUUUGCCAUUCCCCACUCCAUCAUGAGGGUGGACAUCGCUGGAAGGGACGUGUCCCGUUACCUCCGGCUGCUGCUACGCAAGGAGGGCUAUGACUUCCAUACCUCCGCAGAGUUUGAGGUGGUCCGCACCAUCAAAGAGAGAGCCUGCUACCUGUCCCUGAACCCCCAGAAGGAUGAGACUCUGGAGACCGAGAAGGCCCAGUACACCCUCCCCGACGGUAGCACGCUGGAUAUUGGUCCAGCCAGGUUCCGCGCCCCAGAGCUGCUGUUCAGGCCAGACUUGAUCGGAGACGAGAGCGAGGGGAUCCAUGAGGUGCUGGCCUUCGCUAUCCAGAAGUCUGACAUGGACCUCCGACGCACACUCUUCUCCAACAUCGUACUGUCUGGAGGAUCCACACUGCUCAAAGGUUUCGGGGACAGGUUACUAAGCGAAGUGAAGAAGCUCGCUCCCAAAGACGUGAAGAUCAAGAUUUCCGCCCCUCAGGAGAGGCUCUACUCCACGUGGAUCGGUGGCUCCAUCCUGGCGUCGUUGGACACCUUUAAGAAAAUGUGGGUCAGCAAGAAGGAGUAUGAGGAGGACAGAGCACGGGCCAUCCACAGGAAGACCUUCUAACACCGCUGCCCUUAAACUGACCUCAACAUGACCUAUCUGCCCUGUGCUGCCCCAAUCUGUCACGACACUACCCUCCAAUGCUCCUAUAUUUGCUCUGUUGCCCCACAUUACUGAUUUGCCUCAACAUCUGGAACUAUCCCCACAGCCUCAUGUCUGCCCCAGUCUCCCCCUCCCCUUAAGGUCUCCCCCAUCCUCUGGCUAGGGGAAUUUCCAUAUACACCCUCCCUCAAUUUAGCAUGCCUUCUGUUACCAGCCAUGUGGGAGAGAGCAGUGUGGCCCUUCAGGCAAGCCUGUGGCCCUCUCACCUCCUCACACACCCAGGGCUGCGUGGGCAUCUGUCAAUACUGUGGACUGUUCUUUCUGUUCUUAAAGGGGCAAUGCUCUACUCAACCCUGAAGUAUUUAUAUUACUCUCCUAUCUACCCUGCCCUGUACGAUACCUUGCAUCAUAUCAUCCAAUGACAAAGAAGGUGAAUUAUUUUCGAUUCUGUAAGAAUUCCAUUCCAAACCGAAGAGAUUGAUUUAAUUUUUUUGCGUUCUUUAAAAAAGUAUCUUGGUCGUCAGUUACAAAUCACCAUGUUAAUGUCAACGGUUGAAUUCACCAUUGUUUUCUUAAAUUUUUUGGUUUCCAUUUGUGUUGAUGGUGUUGAGGGUCGGGGUUAGGAUAGUCUGCUAUAGGAAUAGGUCAUGCUGUAGACGGGUAGAGAAUACCACGGUGUUUUACAUUGGCUCAUCAAAUAUUCAAGGAAUUCAUUGGAAAACAUUCAAAGAACUUCUCUUUCCACCAACCCUCCCACAUGUGUUCUUCAACAACGACUAAUGGACAUGUUUAGACGACAGCGAUGUUUAACGCUUCCUUAUGAUGUGUAAAGUAUCUCCAUUCAGUUAGCUGUGUUUUUUCUCUUUGUUUGAAAAUGACAUUAGUGGAAAUGGUUUGAUAACAAAGGACGGGUGAGAUGUAUCCUCCUCACUCGGUACCAAAUCCAACGGGGGGAUUUCAACUUUAAAUAACCAUUAGAUGACCAUUGCUAUUUCUAAAUGAUCGUUUAAGAUAUGACAGUUAAACUUUGGGACCAGUUGAAUGGGACCCUUGAAUGCCUUGUAAAGAUUAAACAUGACAAAGUGCUGUCCAUAAAACAUGUUAUUGUUCUGUACUGCACAGAGAGACUGAUCUGAGAGCUGUAUGCCUGGACAGGAUCAUCUCUGAGGAGGUCCAAGUCUCCACUAACCAUUGAUACAGGUUCAUAUUUAAUAAUCACCUUUCUGGUUAACCUUCAGAUUGAUGAAGGCUUAUCUGAUCCUAGAUCUGUGGUUAUGGGCAGCUACAACCUGGAGUGAUCUCUGAUCUCAGUGUUAGUCAAGGGUCAGGGACUAGCUGAAUAUUGGGUGAAAGGCCACAGAGAUCAUCCAACAAACAUUGUCGUUUUAUUUCUCUCCAAAGACUCCAUAUUUGGCUCCAUUUAAAGGAUGGUGGAGAUCACCUGUUAAAUGUUCCCUGUGAGUUAUUUUAAAACACCAAGUGAAUGGGUUAGAACAAUUGAGAGAGAGCAAUGUUUAGUUGCUAUAGACUGUAGUAGGACCAUUCUCAUAAUAAGCAUGUAGAAGCACAAGAUGGUGGAUUAUUAUCAGUUAGUUUUCUACCCUCUAUUCCCCCUCAUGUACCACUAGAAGUCUGGGUGUUUAUUAUGGCUAAGCUGAUUUCCCUACGUCUCAGUGGCAGUAAAGGGGUUGUGUCCAAAACUGCGUCCGCCUUACUCCUGUGCCCUGGCACCGGAAAGUCCACUUCAGAUUCUGGGUGUUUUUUAAAAGGUUCUAUACUUCAUCAGCCUUGUGUACAGUGGACCGCUUUUCAAAACGUCAAAAAAUACAAUAAAUGUACAAUACUGUUUAUUCAAGUGUUGCUUUUACUUUUCAUUUUGUAAAUUCAGUAUAAUAAAUAAGUUAAUGACUGCUGUUG